AUGAAUGCCGUCCGUUCGUAUUUCGCCACCGCCGUCGCGUUUCUCGUGGUCGCGAUCGGCUGGUGGGCCGCCGACGCUGAGAUCUGUUGCAACAGUAGUACAUUCGCUAGUGGAGGCGGAGACGUGUGCCGGAACAAAAAUCGGACUUUCCACACGGUCGAGGCGUUCGUUGGUGACAAGUCAUGCGAUGACAACCGGACGGCCGUGCCGAUCCGGAAGUGCUGUCCGCUGGGCCAGGAAUUCUUAGGUAUUAAUUGCGGUAACGCCGGGGCGGACGGCGACAAGCUAAUGCGGCGGAUGAUGCAGCUACUGAGGGACAAAUUCCGGGCGGAGUUCGGUGCGGUGUCCGAUACGGUGAUGGUGGGUUACAAUUACGAAGGGCUAGUGUGCGACGCCCCGAACAAUCUGUACGACAUGUUUGAAGACAAAAUAAUAAGGCUGAUUGCGACGUCUCCGUCGGACCUUCUGUUUCCCUUCUGCUUCGACGUGACGUACUACGGUGCUCUGUGGGCCAAGGUAUGCUCGCGAGCCAUACCUUGCCACAACAAUACGUGCGUCAACAGUUGCUGCAGUGAUAGCCGGAUGAUAGUCGACGGCCCCAAUGUUCCAGAGUGCGGUCAUAACAGGAAGCCGUUCACGAUGCACGCCUAUGAAAUAGACGGGGACGGCCGUCAGGUGGGCCGGUCGAACAAAACGGUUCUGCCGCACCCUGUAGAAUUCAAAUGUUCACACAGGGACAUGCUGGAAUACGGGUUCCAGUUGUCCGAGGAUGACAGUCUUUACCUUACCUACGAACACCGCUACGUACCGUUCAAGGAAUACUGCGUGGGGUAUUCAGAGGGAAUAGUGACCGACACCAUAGUGGCGUACAUAUGCAACGCUGACACCGUGUUCAUGGUCGAACGUACACGUGCCAGCUCGAUUCCCAUUUUCUUUCGGGCAAGUUACGUGGUGUCUGCCGUGUGCCUGGCUCUAACGCUGCUAAUUUACACCACACUGCCCAGCUUCCGGAACAUCCGAAACUACUACGUCAAGUGCUACUUGUACCACCAGUUCGUGUCGUGCAUCUGCGUCAUUUGCCAAAUGAUUGUGGGAAAAGAAACAAAAAAGGAGAAGUGCCUUCUAUACGGUUAUAUUACUUUAUUUGUAUUUAUUUCAACAUUAUGCUGGUUAAACGUGAUAUGCUUGGAUAUUUAUUGGAGGAUAAGAUACAACAUUUCAAGAAACAGGAAUACAUCAACAUCAAUACGUAGCAUUAUGUACUAUUCUUACUGUUGGGGACUUCCAAGUAUUUUCGUAUGUACUGGUUUUUUUUUCCUAAUCUCACAUGACGAAUCUCUACAGGGUUUAGCACCCAUUUUUGAAGUAACCGGAUAUGGUUGCUUUUACUGCCAUAUGUCUGACUACGAGGGUUUUUUUUUCAUCCUGUUACCAGUGUUUGUUAUGCUGGCUGCCAAUUUAAUUUUGUUUUUGCUGACUGCUAUUCAUUGUUCAAGAGUUAAAUCUGAACUUAAUACAUUCAACCCAACAGAUUCAAAAACAGAACAUUUUCUUAUUUACAAACAGAAAUUUGUAAUGAGCAUCAAACUAUUUCUGAUUAUCGGAAUCCCAUAUUUGUUUACGGUACUGUCUAUUAUAUUACGAAUGGAAGGGACAAAAUGGAACAUUAUUUAUGUCGCUAGCAGUUUACAAGGUGUAUUAAUAUUUAUUACAUUUGUUGCCAAGCAUCAAGUUAUUAUGGACCUAAGAAAAAAGUUUAAAGGUUCAAUGGAUCACAGUGAUCCGACACAAACUAACCUUAAUUCUGGGUCGUCACAAUAG